AUGACAGCGUUGACUCCACAAAAUCUCUCAACGCGUUUCCAUGACGGUCUGGGAGUCAAGUUCGAGCUAAAUGCACGAGGUGAUAUCGUUAGCACUCGAAUCCUUGUCCCAGAAAACCCGUUUAGUUCGCUAGACCAGCUGCUGAAUCUACCGUCUAAGGAAUCAAAUAGAGUGUUUGAUGUGUUUUACCACUUGCUCUUAAACGAGUCGUCUGAGACCAGAGGCACAUAUUUAUCACUCAAAAGUUCGCCAGAUCAGUAUGAUCUGCUUAAGAAAUCAGGAACAUAUAAACUGCCAGACUGGGUUAACUUUUCCGAUGACUAUGCUCUGGCCAAGGACUGGAGCGAUGCGUUAAGACAAUGUGGAUUCAAAGCGUCGACUUUGCGGGGCGUUUUGUCGACUUUGUCUGGUAUCCUGCUGCUAGGUAACAGAGAUCCAAAUGAUAUCGCUGAAGGAGCUUCGUUAAUUGGCAUCGAUCCUAAGACCCAGUCACGAUACGCUCCUAGAGAACUUAUCGUGUCUUCUUAUAUUGCAUUGGUUAAGAAUGUUGUUUCUGAGCUCAAUGCCUUCCUGGCCAAGUUGGAUAAGCCUAAUGACAAUAAUGAGAAUGAGGUUGUUUCGGUCGUUACUAUUGCCGAAUGUGCAGAUGACCAUCGAAAGGACGUUUUGAGAAAUGUUUUCGACAACUCGAUCGGUAUUAAUCAGGAGCUAUUCGACGAUGGUCUUAGCAUCCCCAAAUCUCCAGUGGCCGUCACCCGAGCUAUUCAAAAAAUGUCCACACAGACUACAAAUAACUCAGUGACAAGGACAGUGGCUAUGAUUCCUAAUUUUGAAGAUAUUCUCGAUUCUUCAUUAUCUUAUUUAUCGUCGCGAAAACCAUCGAUCUCGCCUGAUGAAGAGGAAAGUGCAUUUGAAAUAGCUGAUCUCAUUGCUCGUAACCGAAUAUGGGUGGCCCUUAAUCUGACGUCAUGUGGUGAUGCUGCUGGAUUGGCUGCUGAUAGGUGGUCGAGUUCUGUGGUGUCUGCUCAAGUGCGAGAAUUCUUUGUCACCGAGUGGGCACAGAAGCGUCGUCAAAUCGAUUUUACUGCCGAUUUCGAGCCCUACGAGUUUAUCGAGAGAUAUUCGGCGUUACUGCCACCUAAUAUUACUUUCAGUGACCUUGAGCACUGGGCAAUUCAUGAUAAACGAUGGGGUCAUAAUGAUUUCGCCAAGGGUUCCAAGCGAAUUUGGAUUUCCGAAAGCGUAUGGCGCGACCUGGAACUCGGAUUAGAUGGCUUGUCAGGAAAUUCUCCUUAUGUCAAUGAUUCUACUGAUACAUUUGGGCAGUCGUAUCCCAGUGAUGAGUAUGUUGCAUCUAAUCCAUUUGACCAAACUGAGAGACUAUUGCCCAUGCAGAACGUCGACCAUGGAUAUAAUAAUGGUAGUCAUGACAUGACCGGAUACAACAAGGAACUAAAUCGCGCACCACAAUACCAGCAAACUCCUGGAGGUGAUAUGGACCCGUCUGAUGACGAACUAGACGAUGCCGAUUUUGAUAACGACUAUGGAUUAAAAGAACGUGGUGGCGACAUUGAGCAUAACACGGCUGGUAGAAUCACCAAGAUCGAGAAAAUGACAACCGAACGAAGAGUAUGGGUUUUCUUUGUUUGGCUCUUUACUUUUUGGAUCCCAUCUCCAUUUUUGAAGUACAUUAUGAGAAUGAAACGUCCAGAGAUUCGUAUGGCCUGGAGAGAAAAGCUGCUACUCUGUUUCAUUAUCUUUCUCAUCAAUGCAGGUAUUAUCUUCUACAUGAUUUUCCUUGGAAAAUUCGUGUGUUCUGACUAUGAUAAAGUUUGGAAUAGUAAAGAGAUUGCUACUCACCAGGGAGAAAAUGAUUUCUAUGUCUCUAUUCAUGGUAAUGUGUACGACUUGACCAAGUUUUACAAGAUUCAACACUCUGACAGCUCUAUUCAAACAACCCCCAGUCGCAUGCUCGAAUUUGCUGGUCAGGACUUAUCUGAUUACUUCCCUCCUCCUCUAACUGUAGCAUGUCCAGCCCUUGUCACCGACGUUAGUAUCUCACUGUCUUACAAUGAAACGAAGUCACCCAUCUCUAGUGGUUUGCACAAUAGCGGAGCUUACCUGGUUCCUGCGAAUAACACUGCUCUCCAUAAAUAUACUUGGUACAACUCAGUAUUUCAGCCCAAGAUCAAGAACUACUACAAGGGUCGGGUUGUUGCGAAGAGAAACGAUCUUCUCAAAACUGCUCAGGCGAAUAACCAGUAUACAUUCAUUCUCAACAAUCAAAUUUACGAUGUAACCAACUAUUUCUUGACAACAGCUAUCUAUCCGGAUAAUGAUCCAGUCACAAAGCCUUGGAACUUUUUCAGUGACACUGUUGUUAACAUGUUUGUUAACGGACAAGGACAAGACAUCACUGAACAGUUUAAUGGCGACCAGUUGGAUGCUUUGACAAGACAAAACACUUUGCAGUGUCUUAACAAUGCAUUCCGUGCUGGUGAAGUCGAUUUCAGAGAUUCAGUACGUUGUCAAGUUGCCAAUGUUAUUUUGCUAGUAUUCGCCGGUAUUCUUACAAGUGUAACUCUUGUCAAAUUCUUGGCUUCCAUUCGAUUCGGAAGUAAACGUGUUCCAUCACCCCAGGAUAAGUUUGUUCUCUGUCAAAUUCCUAUUUAUACAGAAAGUGAAACCGAUUUCAGACUGGCUGUUGAUUCUUUAACAAACCUGAAGUACGACAACAGACGUAAGUUGCUGUUGCUCGUUUGUGAUGGUAUGAUUGUGGGUGCUGGUAACGACAAGCCAACUCCUAAUAUUGUCCUCGAUAUGCUCGGAGUAGAUGAAAGGGUCAACCCUCCUGCUUUGGCCUAUGAGAGUAUUGGAGAAGGUGCCAACCAGCUGAACUUUGCUAAAGUCUAUUCAGGACUGUAUGAGAAUGAAGGGAAUGUUGUUCCGUUUAUCGUCGUUGUUAAGGUAGGAAGACCACAAGAGACAAGCAAGCCUGGUAACAGAGGUAAGCGUGAUUCCCAAAUUAUGAUCAUGAGAUUCCUUAACAAAGUGCACUAUCAGAAGCCCAUGUCACCACUUGAGCUUGAGCUGUUCCAUCACAUGACAAAUAUUAUCGGUGUUGACCCUGAAUUGUAUGAAUAUAUUUUCAUGGUGGAUGCCGAUACAUCUGUGGCUGAGGAUUCCUUAACAAGACUUGUAUCUGCUUGUGCAAAUGACAGUCGCAUUGCUGGAAUCUGUGGUGAGACCGGAUUGCAGAAUGAGGAGAAGAGUUGGACAACAAUGAUUCAAGUUUACGAAUAUUUCAUUUCACAUCAUCUUACUAAGCAAUUUGAAAGUCUUUUCGGAAGUGUUACCUGUUUACCUGGUUGUUUCUCUUUGUAUAGACUGAAGACAGCCAAGAAGUAUGCUCCACUGUUUAUUUCCAACGAAGUUAUUAGGGACUAUUCUAUCAUCAAUGUUGAUACUUUACACAAGAAGAAUCUUUUCUCACUUGGUGAAGAUCGUUACUUGACUACGCUGAUGUCCAAAUAUUUCCCCAAGAUGAAGUAUUCUUUCAUCCCAGAUGCAUACUGUCAGACCGCUGCUCCAGAAGACUUUUCUGUUUUACUUUCCCAAAGACGUAGAUGGAUUAACUCUACAGUACAUAACUUGAUGGAGUUGCUGAGAUUAAAUACCAUGUGUGGUUUCGGCUUUUUCAGUAUGAGAGGUGUCGUGUUUAUCGACCUGAUUGGGUAA